AUGAAAAGGGGAAAUGUUAAUGGAACCAUACGGCAGAAUAAUUUAGAAGGAGGCACCAGGCCAUUUCUAAGAGAGGCUCAAUCUUUAAAAUCUCAAUUCUCCUAUUCGAACACUUCACAAUUCGUGGCGAUUUGUAAGAAUUCCAACUGUCAAAAUGAGCUGAUCAAUGGUGAUAACGUGUACUGUAGUAUGAUCUGUCAGGCGAACGAUUGGUCUCAACCGUUCCCCACUUUUAAUAACACGGGUUGUUUUCCAAGUGACGGCAGUAGACCCAUCAAGAACCAUUAUCCGCAGCAGCCGGAACAAAUUUCAUGGAGUGUUACACGACCGACGAGAAACGACAAUGGACCGUCUCAUGGUGGUCACGUUCAGCCAGCAAAUUAUUUAUCGCCCAAAGUUCAUGACGGAAACAUAUUUCCACGUCCGAUGACCGUCUUUCAGCCAAAUGAUGCGAAACCUUGGGAUCAUCAUGUUAAUGAUGACGACAUCCAAAUUUCUUGUCAGGUUUGUUUUUAUUUUACAAGUCCAAGUAAGAAUAAUUGUGAUCUAUGUGGUGCAAUGUUGAGGCAGAAUGGAGGUCAGUCGAUAAUAAAUUAUCCACAGUCAAAUUGCGCGCCAUCAGGUUGGGUACCAUUGGAAUGCGCAUCACCACCACAACCACCACAAUCAACUUGGUCACCACAUUGGACAUUGUCAAGCUUGGCGUCACAGCAAACUCCGUCGAAAGAUAAUUGGUCAAUUAGUGACUUAUCAUCUACCACCAUCUUAUGUUCAUCGUGUGGAUUCAUGAAUAGCUCGUUUCACGUUAGAUGCGAGGUGUGUGAUGCAAACUUGCAAAACCACGAUCUCAAUCAUGACGAAGAAUAUUUGUAUGAAGGCGUGGAGAUACAGUGUCCCUCAUGUUAUUCAUUUAAUGAUCCCAGAAAUAAUCAAUGUAAAGUAUGCUGCACAUCACUAAAAUCCAUAUCGUCUUGGUCGGAACUCUCUUCUUCAUCGGGGAAACCAGAUUAUGAAAUACCCGAUCUCAUCAUAAUGGCGAAAUCACCUGAUAAUCGGCAGCAAGGCGACUGUAACAUUGAUCCUAGUGUGGGAGGAGACGCUUCAGGAAUGAAUAUUUAUCGAGAUCUCACCUCAAAGUCUCCUUGCUCAAGGAAAAAGCGUACCACAAAAACCCAAAUGGUGGUUCUUUCUGAGCAUGACCAAGACUAUAUAGAUGUUAGGCGACUGUUUUCCAAUGGACUUCCGCUAGCCAAGAUCCAUUCAAUUAUUCGUCUUCAGAUGCCAAAUAAAUUGGUGACAGCCCACGAGAAUUACAAGAAGGAAAUAGCAUUACAAUGUAUGGUUCCAAUGCAGAAUAAUACUUAUCGAAUGUUUCAUGGGAUGUGGUUUGCGAGCAGUUCCGAAAUUUCAUUUGGAUAUUGUGGAAUUUCUUCUCGACAAAUAUUUGAUUAUGAUGCGUCCUUGUCUAAAAAUCUCAUAUUGGCCAUGUUCGUUGUGGAUGUCGUGACUCUAACUCCCGGAGAAAUUAUAAUAGUGGAUAAAAACGCGGUAAACAGAUGA